ACUCCUUCUCAUAGCUUAUAUAUUGCCCAACAUAAAUAUCUACCACAUCAAAAUAUCCUACACAAUGUCUUCACUUUUCUAGUACUACUCUGUUUCUCUCUUUUUGCUCAAACACAAGCAAAAUGUAUCAUGAUCAGCAUCAACUUCCUUGUUUGCAUUGCCAAGCACCAGACCAUAUUAGGAUGGUUCAGCAUUUGAUAGAAAGGUGCCUAAUCUUUCACAUGAGCAGAGAUGAAUGCAUCAAAGCACUUGCCAAGCAUGCUAAUGUUGACCCAAUUGUCACAAUUACAGUGUGGAAACAGUUGAUUAAAGAGAACAGUGGCUUCUUUGAAGCCUACUAUCAUGCAAUUAGUAGUCGCAGCAGGCAUGACUUUAUUACAAUAGACCUUCUGAGCGGGUAUGGAGACUCAGAAGAAGAAAGCUCUAGCUGCACUUGACUUUACAGCUGAGGAGGGGAAGUGUAUAUAUAUAUAAGUAUACACAUCUUUGUAAUUUAGUACUUCAGACUCUCCAGAAAUGAAAAACCCAUGUCAACCUAAAACAACUAAUUAUGCUUUGCUGCAAGUAAUUCAUGAUUUACAUGAAAGAAUUUAUCAGAGGAUAAAAUCAAUAUUUUUUUAUAUGCAAUGUAUGCCAAU